UCGUACGAUACCACACAGACUCAUCCGGACUCACCCGCUACGAUGGUCAGGAAGUUGGCUACUCAGGUCCCACAGGCGGUCACCCGUCUCCUCCAAGCCCAGACCAUCACCCCUCCCGUCUGGUACCAAGCCUACCUCGAACACCCUCCUCAACCCUUACCUCCCCGUCGAUUGGCUCCUGUCGACCUCUCCCUCUUCAACCGAUCCUCGUCAUCACCAGAAAAGAAGGAUACCAACGUCACUCAUAGGGCUAAACGGGCCAAGACGCCUAAACUCAAAGUACCGGAGUUGAGGUUCCAGGAAGAUGAGAUCAGGCGGAGGUUCUUUAUGGAUUUCCCGUUCGAGGCUCUCAGGCCUGUUAGUUUGAUUGAGGGGCAGACGAUCGAUGAGGCGAGACCGGGAUUGGUAGAAGGGGAACAGUGGACAGAGUUGAGGCAGAGGGGAGAGGUGCCUACCGUCGAAGAUACCAUCGCUUUUACCAUAAACCUCCACAACUUCCACUCCCAGACCCUCUCUCAAGCGUACCAGAUCGCUACGAGGGAGUUUAUCAAGCUCAGGGCGAUCAACGAGAUUGCCAACUUUGCCGCAGAGGAAGAGGCGUUUGCUUAUUCCGCUUCUUCGGGGGAGGGCAAGGGAGCGGAAGGGUCGUCGAGGAAAGCUUUUGACCGAUUCUUCGACCUGGAAACUCGUGCGCUCCGGACCAACUACACUACCGACAACACCCCUUCUUCCACCUCUCCUUCCACUUCCACUUCCACAGCCACCAGUCCCUCUUCCACCUCAACUUCUGCCCAACUCCCAAGCCGAUUCCUCUUCGGCCCCAACCUUCCCAAACGUCGCGCUUGGCACCCUUCCCUCCCGGCCCAAGCUACGUCCUAUGGGAAAGCUCAGGGGGAAGAUGUGGAUAGUCAUGGGAUGCCGAUGCCGUAUUCGGAUGGGUUGAAUUAUGUGAUGAAGUGGCAGGGGUUGAAGGUGAAGGCGGGGAGGAAGGGCAAGGUUGGAGGUGAGGGUGCGGGUGCGGAUGCGGAUGCGAUGGUAGAAGGCAAGGCCGACGAGGGGAGUGUCGUGGGCGAGGGGAAGGCGCAGGAAGAGCCCUUGGUCGAGGUCAAGGAGGAUGUCAAGGAGGAGCAGCCGGUACAUGUACAAGCAUAAGCAGUGAGGGUUAUUUCGAUAAAUACGCAUAUAUACAUCAUCGAGUUCGUAUGUCCCUGGCCAAGAUGAGAGUUUUGUUAUGGUCAUGACCGAUCAGAAGACUAGAGCCACGUGCCUAGGCUGGUGAUAAUCAAAGACAG